AUGUGCAGAGUCUUCUUCUUCGUUUCGUUCUUUACACUAUGCGCAGUGAUCUGCGCUCAUUUGCCAAUUCCAGGCCGAUCAAUCACUACUCCAUUUGGCAAAAAGGGUAGUUGGGCAGCUGGCUAUCAUACUGGUGAUGAUUAUGCCUGUCCUGUUGGUACAAGUGUUCGCGCAACAGUUAGCGGUACGGUCGUCAAUGCCAAUUGGGGUAGUGCUUAUGGUACCCAUAUUGUCAUUGAAGCUUCCAACAAAGUUCGAACACUCUUUGCUCAUUUAAGCAGUAAAUCAGUCAAAGUCGGACAGAAGGUUUCAGCUGGACAAGUCAUUGGAAAGAGUGGAAAUACAGGACGAACAACUGGACCACAUCUUCAUUACGAAGAACGAGUCGCUCCAUAUGCCUAUAGCAAUCAUCGAAAACCACAAUUAAACAAAGCCCAUUAA